AUGGCUCCUAAGCGGAAUGCGCAAUCGACUCCGGCGGAGAUCUCUCUCGCCCACCUCAAGAACUGCUUGGUCAACCUCCCCGCAUCUUUGGUGUCGCUCCUAGUCAAUGUCAACACCCCUGCGCAGAAUGUCGUCGUCGAGCUCACUUACCGACCCUCCCCCGCGAGCGCCUCCGGGUCCGGCGCACCACAACAGAAGUCUGUGUUUGUUGGUUGGACAGGCAUGCCGAGUAAGCGCAAGGUCGCACCAGCUGUCGGAAGAGAUGGCAUCAACGGCGGCAGGAGUGGUGGUCGCGACCAAGAAGUGCCCCAGGUCGAGAUUGACGCGACACUCGCCAACACGCUUGGACUAUCGGACGGACAGAAGAUCACAGCAUCUAUACACGUCGAUCCUCCCGUCGCGCAUACUAUCAACAUCGAACCCCUCACUCCGGAAGACUGGGAAAUGAUUGAGCUUCAUGCGGCCUUCCUCGAGAUUAACCUCCAACACCAAGUCCGCGCCUUGCCGAACCCGAACUUCCUCUCGAGCUCCGGGACGAUAGUCCAACCGCACGCCUUGACGUUACACCUGUCACCAACUUCGACAGCUAACAUCAAGGUCGUCUCUUUCGAGCCCGCGCCGGCCACCGAUGUACCAUUUGUUAAAAUGUCCCCUGACGCCGAAGUCAUUGUCGCGCCGAAAACCCGUGCCAAGGCGGCGCAUUCCCUAGGAGAAAACCGCAGCGUGGCCAGCACCUCAAAGUCUAAAAGGAGUGGCGCGAGCACCGUCCGUAGGCGAAGUGCCCGUGAAGAGCGCAAGCCUGCCUUGUGUCUCAGAGGUGUCGACCAAACAGCAUGCAGAGAAUGGUUCGAUGAAGACAUUACCGAUCACGACUUCAGCGUGUGGGUAGAUCGCGACAUUCUCUACACCAAGGAUUUUAGAGGAGUCAACUAUGUAUCAGUCAAUAUUUUACGCCCGACCCCGCAACCGAGCACCAAUCCUCAAAAACCGCAGCAAGACGCCGAGGCAGCAUCGGGCGCUUCGAAAGUUGCAAGUAAGGUCAUUGCCCACUUGCGCGCUUGGGAUGAUCCUCCCGACAGCAAGACGAUCGCACUUUCGUCACCCCUGUGCGCGACGUUGGGCUUCACUGCCGCCGUUGGUGGCAUUGUCAAGAUCGAGCCUGCACCUCAGCAAUGGCCGCUCGAUGCUGUCCAAAAGUUGAUCAUUCACCCCUUUGCUGUGUCUCAGAAGUCGACGGAGGGUCUGAAGUUUGGCGGAGAGUCAAAGGCCGGGAAAGAAGAAGCUUCAAAGCAAUUCAAGCAUAUGUACGGAUCUCGCAAAGAUGCUUCGUCCCUUCUCAGUGGUCCUCUGACGGACGGGUCGGUACUUGGCCUUUACGAGGGUUUGGAGGCUCCCCAGGGAUGGGAAGGAGGCGUCGUCAAAUUCGAUCCGACUGCCAUGAACAGCGAUCCACUAAGAUCAUCAACAAAGUGGGUGCUGGGUCUGAGCGACAGAAUCACUAUUGAGUUUCGAGACCCGGUCCCUCGUCCGCCGUGGAUGAACGACGACGGUGCAGCAGAGCUCCAGCCCUCCUAUGAUGGCCAACUUGUGGGUAUCGAUAAAUUACUGCAAGACCUCCGAAGUCACCUCUCCCACCUUUCGUCAACACUUCUUACUGGCGCUCUGGGCUCUGGCAAGACGGCCGUGGCCAAGUCUUUAGCUCAUGAGCUUGGCAAAGACCUCCUGUUCCAUACUACCUACUUUCCGUGUCGAAAACUUGUCAAUGACGAGACAAGAGUUUCCACGAUUAAAGACACUCUGAAUCAGGUGUUUAUGUCGGCAAGCUGGGGCGCCAGACUGGGAGGUAAGGCGCUUGUGGUUCUGGACGACUUGGACAAGUUGUGCCCUGUGGAAACUGAACUGCAGGUCGGCAAUGAUAACGGAAGAAGCCGUCAAGUCAGUGAAAUAAUUGGCUCCAUUGUUCGCCAAUACUGCAACACAGAGAGCGGAGUGGUUCUUCUGGCAACAGCGGAAGGCAAAGAUUCUUUGAAUAAUGUCAUAAUUGGGGGCCACGUUGUCCGCGAGAUUAUCGACUUGAAGGCCCCGAACAAGGAAGCCAGGAGGAAGGUAAUGGAGUCUAUUGUGAGGCAAGACGCGGUUUCCCCGGAGGACCUUCCACAAAAGUCUCAUGAUGGGAGCCGGCCACCGACCGCCGAUGGCAGUGCCGCAGGUGAAGACAGCGCAUGGAUGGAUGCCGCCAGCCAAGGCAGCCGAGAACAACGAAAUGGCACAACAGGAGGCUUUGUUUUGGAUCACGACCUGGACUUCCUCGACAUCGCUGGUCUCACAGAUGGAUACAUGCCCGGGGACAUCAGCCUGCUCGUCGCGAGAGCUCGCAAUGAGGCAAUCAUUAGAUCGGUUAGCGAGGAGAACGAUGGAGGGGCAGUCAACUUGGGAAGGGUGGACUUCGACAGCGCCCUCAAGGGCUUCACACCAGCUUCCCUUCGGAACGUCUCGCUGCAGAGCUCGACUACGACUUUCAGCUCCAUCGGAGGUCUGACAGAAACUCGGCAAGUUCUCUUGGAAACAUUGCAAUACCCGACCAAGUACGCCCCUAUCUUCGAACAAUGCCCACUCCGGCUGCGGUCUGGUCUUUUGCUCUAUGGCUACCCUGGAUGUGGAAAGACGCUUCUCGCAAGUGCCGUCGCAGGAGAGUGUGGCCUUAACUUCAUCAGUGUCAAGGGACCCGAAAUUCUCAAUAAGUACAUCGGUGCGUCGGAAAAGAGCGUUCGCGACCUGUUUGAGCGCGCGUCGGCUGCCAAACCUUGUGUGCUGUUCUUCGAUGAGUUCGACUCCAUCGCGCCGAAGCGUGGACAUGAUUCUACGGGUGUGACGGACCGUGUUGUCAACCAACUUCUGACACAGAUGGACGGUGCGGAAGGUCUUUCUGGAGUAUAUGUCCUCGCAGCAACGUCUCGGCCCGACUUGAUCGAUCCCGCUCUUCUCCGUCCCGGUCGUUUGGACAAGUCUCUGCUUUGCGACAUGCCGACACUGGAAGAUCGUGUGGACAUCCUCAAGUCACUUUCCAGCAAGGUCAAGCUUAGCGAAGAACUUACCGAGUCCGACGAAGCUUGGACCGAGAUUGCGCGGCGGACGGAAGGGUUCUCUGGAGCUGAUCUGCAGGCUCUCGUGUCCAACUCUCAGCUGGAGGCGAUCCAUGAUGUGCUGGGCAAUGUCGGCCACACUCCGGCAACCAAUGGCAAGGUCAAUGGCAAAUCGUCCUCCCAAGGCUCAAUCCCCAGCUUUGUACAAUUUCGCUACGGGGAAGACGCCGCACCGACGACUAAGGCGGUCAGUCGGUCGGCCGAGCUGGUGGAAAACAACGCAAUCUUGGCCAAGUUGGAAAGCAUUAAACAAGCCCGUAAGAGGGUUAAGCAUGCUCAACGUCCCGAUGGCGAGGCGAAGCCGGUUAACGACAAGGAGGUUGUGGUGAAGUUGGAACACCUGAUGAAGGCGCUGGAUAGCACCAGAUCUAGUAUCAGUACGCAGGAACGCGCGAGACUGGGCAGGAUUUACAGAGAGUUCGUCGUUGGGCGAAGUGGUGAAAUGAGGGAUGGUCAAGGAAGCAUGGAAAUUGGUGGGCGAAGCAGUCUCAUGUGA